CUCCUCAAACCUUUGGAUAGAAGAAGCUCAGCUGCCGGGAAGCCGGAGUAUUUCUCAGCUGGAGAAAGGAGAAACUAAUCGUUUGCGUGAAUGCUCUAGUUUCUUUUACCGGUUUUUUAAUCGUCUGGAUCGGAACCAGCAUGGCAAACAACCGCGUGGAAAUCCACGACCCUUUCUCCAACCACAGCGACCUCACCAGCAGCACCAACUGUGACACUAAAGCUACCUCAGACACAGACAGCAUGACAGACACCAUGGAGUACAGACUCCUUAUGGCCUAUGCAAAGAGGAGACGGCCAAAAAAGGACAUUGAGUCUCCUCCACGGGACGUCCCGGUCAUACCAAACGGCGGCACGCAUGCAAAUGGACCGUCCUCACCUCCGGCGCCAGCCAACGUCGACAAAGAGAUUAAGGAGAAGAGGAAGAGACACAAGAAAGGAUGGAAGCGUCUUCCAAGCAUUUUAAGAUGUAUCAAACCCCGGACAGAAGGCGAAGAACUGCCCCAAACUGCUGUGAGCAAGCCUGAUGUCAACGACCGAUCUGCUGAUUUUAGGGGCGGUAACGUAGAGGAAGUGGAUGAGUUUGAGGAAAUAACAAGUCAGCUGACGGAGAUCGCUGAUGAAGUCCAGUUCAUUCCUCCAGAUAUAGAGUCGGACUCGCCAGAAGACGAGGUGGAGAAGGUGAUUGGUCUGAUUCUGAGGGAGGCUGGAGACAGACUGAACGAGAAGGAGCUGAAAGAUGCUGCUAUAGCUACGGAACUUUUUUGGAACUACAGUUUCUUUAAGAAGCUAAUAACAACCCUCCUCAUCAGGAUGGGCCUCGUGCCCUCUGAACCCAAUGCUCUGGGACCUCAGGCGUCACACAAAACCCAGAUCGCCGUGACCUGUGAGGUCACCAGCCGUCUGUCAGCAGUGGACACGCUGCCCAUGAGCCGAAUGCUCGACCACGGAGCCAGAUAUCUGCAGGAGCAUUAUUCAUCCUGGGCACAGCAGCAGGGCGGAUAUGAGAAAGCCCUUCACAGUGAGGACGAGGACGACGACGUCCAGUGAACUGGAGGAAGCGGUUUUCCAGCUCAACAGCGCCCUCUGCAGCCAUGCAGUGAAACCUGCCACUCUGUGAAACGCUACAUAACCCGAAUGAAAGCAGUUCCUUCAGUUUGACUUGAAGUGGAGAGCUUUAGCAUCCCACCAUCAGCACACCUCGACCAUACAUAUCUCUCAUCAAGAUGAUUUUAGUGCUUUUGAAGGCUUUAAAUUCGGCAUGAGGAACAAACCAAGGCUCAGGACGCCGAUUUUUAUGUUUUGCAGUUCCGUUUACGUGUACACAAAACCCAGCGCUGCCGAGCAUUAACGUAUAUGUUUGCAUUAGAAAAAUAUUAAAGCCUGUUGUUUUCUUUUCAGUAAUGGUUCUAUUGUUCAGGUCUUUCUGAUGUGCCAAAGUCUUACAAGGACCUCAGCUUUUUUUUUUUUUUUUUUUAAAAGAAGCUGUUAUUGUGCCACUGAUAACUACAGAUAUAUGAUUUAAGUGUUAUUUUAUGCUGUAAAACAUUAUAUAAUAACUGAGCUUGGAGUUUAUUCUGGGAGAUGAAGGGUACAUUUUAAAUCUGCACAACUUUUGCUCAGUUGACAAGAAAAAUGUAUUCAGACAAAUUAAAUAUUUUUCUAGCACUUGCACUUUUUCAUGAAAAUAUUAUGCUUGGAGAGAAUGAUUUAAGUUUCUUAUCUGUAAUUGUUGGUGGUGUUAUUUACUGCAUUUCAGUUUUUUUAAACUUGUCAAAACGUGUUGAAUGGAAUUUUGCCAAAGAAACAUUGUGUGUACUGUUUGAAUCUGUUAAUUUUGCUGCACAUAAACGAGUACAUACAAAAAUGUAUUGUAAAUUCAUAUAGUAUAAUUAAGUGAAUCGUUAAAAUUGCCUUUCUUUGCAGGGUGUAUGUAUAAAAUGACAUUUAAGUGUUUUACUUCAUUAGAAUGUACACAGACCUUGUGGAGUUUGCUGAAUAAGAAACUCGUUUAUGGAUAAACAGCACCGCCUUGUGGUCAAACGAGGAACUAAAUUGUACUAAAAAAACAACUGUCGUGAACUCCAUUUCAUUUUAAGAAUUAAAAGUAUUUUUCCAUUUUUUUAA